AUGGACCCGGGCCAGCAGAUCCCCGACCUGGGACCUGCGUCUCAUCCCGAGUCGAUUCUGGCGGUCCCUGGGCCCGAAAAGGGCCCCCAGGGGCCGGAGAUGCCAGAAGCUCGCCCGCCGCGCUUGGUCACGACGCGAGGGGGUCUGGGUCUGUGUGCCGACAGUGGCCGCUCGCCGCCCGCCCGCCGAAAAGGCCGCCGACGCGCGCGAGCCACCCUCGAGCAGCAGCCGCCGCCGCGCUGUGCGUCCCACGGGCGCCUCGCGCACCGUCGUGGCCGAGCGGUGUGCGGUGGCCUUCCAGAGGGGCCCCCCGGCCUCUCUGAGGCCCUCCUGCUUCCCGAGGACUGUGCCGUCCACGCCUCGCGGCGAAGCUGA